GGAUUUAUAGGUGGCUAUUUGUGGCGCCGAGAGCGUGGCCAGCUGGCAUGGUCACAAUCCUGUGCGAUGCUGGUGACGGCGACAACGACCGCGGACGUGAUCGCAGCCUCGCCGGCGCUCUGGGCUGCGGCCGACGCCUUCUUCAGCAUGCCGCUGCUGGCGACGACCGACGAUGCGAGCUACGCGCGCGGCUAUCCCGAGCUCUACGUGGCGCAGGGCGAAGUCGCCUACUCGUUCGCGUCGGCGCCGCUCGCACUGGCCUCUGACGACGCGACGACGUGCUGCAUCCUCGUGCUCCAGUCGACAACCUGCGUUUGCCUCGCGCACGUCGACUCGCCGGCGCAAGUGGCCUUCCUCUUUGCGCACUGGCAGCGGACUGUCGGCGACGUCGACACGCGCAUCGCGGUCGUCGGCGGCUAUGUGGACGAAGACGGCGUCGGCGCCGGCAUCAUCGCGAGCAUCGUCGACGCCAUGCGCGCAGCACCUGUGUCCUUUUCGAUCCUCCUUUGGGCGACCGGCAAGACCAACACAGUGCCGGGGUCGUCGCCGUCGCAGCCCAAGGUCCGCGGCCUCCUCGCGCUACCAACAACUCUGGACGGCGAUGUCCAGCUUGCGCCCAUCGACUACGCGCCCGGCGCGUACCGCGGCCCCAACUUUCUCCGGCGCACGACGUCGACGCAUGCGACGCCGCUCUUUGUGCUCAAGGCCGAGCCGGCCCUCGAGUGCGUUGUCGGCCCGUACAGCAGGUUUUGGAUGGAGUCGGACCUCCCUGCCGCACACAUGCGCCGGUACCUCGCCCAUGUACAAGGCUUCUCGGACGCCGAGCUCCUGCAACGCUUCUCGACGUCGCCCGCGGCCGAAGGCCCCAAGUUUGUUGCCGACUUGAAGGCGCGCUUUGAGGCUGCACACGCCGUCCUCGACCUCGGUAACGACGAGCGGUCGGCCAUUCUCUGUGCGGCGCAGCGCUAUCGGUGGCAGCCGUCGACGCGCCACUGGGACCUUGUAGAAACCUAGACGUUUAGGCAUGUUGAUCGUAAACCAAAGUUAUGAUUCAAGUACCUCAAAUGCAGAAGCCAGGGAU